AUGCGAGACCAUUUGGCGUGGACCUUCUACAAGCGACUAUUAUGCGAAAGAGGCGAUUCAGCUGGUAUUCUUAAUGUAGGCAGGGCAAACACGAAAGCCCCACAAGACGACGAACAAUUUCGCGCUCACGGCACUUUGGGACACGGAGAUCGCUCGAAUUCGGCCCCGAACGUUUGCCUAAAUAACGUAAACAUUAAACAAAUCGGAGACGAUAGAAUGAAGCCGAAUCUACCAAUGCGUUUAGACUUUGAGCACAUGCAAAUUACGCAUAAUAGGAACCAAUUGUCGCCAACAAGCUCUGCACAUCCUAAAAGACCAAGAGCGAGGUCUGCAGACGAGACGAGACCGCUUUUGACGCCAAGGGAAAGCAUCGAAGACUGGGAAAUACCUGCAGACGAGAUAAUGGUGGGCCCUAGAAUCGGGUCUGGAUCUUUCGGAACAGUGUAUCAAGCCCAUUGGCACGGUCCCGUGGCUGUUAAAACUUUAAACGUUAAGAUACCCACUGUAGCUCAGCUGCAAGCCUUUAAAAACGAAGUAGCCGUCCUGAGAAAAACCCGACACGUUAAUAUUCUUCUUUUUAUGGGCUGUGUUAGUAAACCGAAACUGGCAAUCGUAACGCAGUGGUGCGAGAGUUCAAGUUUGUACAAACAUUUACAUGUCCACGAAACGAAAUUUACAAUUUUUACUCUGAUUGAAAUUACACGGCAGAUUGCCCAAGGAAUGGAUUAUUUACAUGCUAAGAACAUUAUUCACAGGGAUUUGAAAAGUAACAAUAUAUUUUUACACGAUGACUUGACAGUUAAAAUUGGAGAUUUCGGAUUGGCUACAGCCAAAACAAGGUACUCUGGAAGCCAGCAAUUUCAACAACCCACAGGCUCGAUAUUGUGGAUGGCGCCUGAAGUAAUCAGGAUGCAAGAGGAAAACCCGUACAGUUUUCAAUCGGACGUGUACGCCUAUGGAAUAGUCUCGUUUGAACUACUGACAGGACAACUGCCUUACUCGCAAAUAAAUAAUAAAGAUCAAAUAUUGUACAUGGUUGGCAGGGGAUAUUUAAAACCCGAUUUGUCCAAGUUAAGGACAGAUACCCCGAAAGUAAUAAAGAGACUAUUAAUUGACUGCAUCAAGUUUAGCCCAACAGAUAGGCCUCUAUUUAAACCAAUCUUAGCAACUAUAGAAAAUUUUUUGAACAGUCAUCCGAAAAUAAACCGAUCCCAUUCCGAACCUAACAUGAAUAGAUCAAGCGUACAGGACGAUUUUAGUUAUUCAACAAUACCAAAAUUACCCAACUUUUUAUAUAACAUGAAGCCAGGGAAUAUUUAG